CUCAGGAAGCUCAGCAAAAAGAGAAUAGGCCGCUAAAGUAGCGAGUGUCUGGUUGACUCACUGCCGGCUCAUCGAUCAGAUCACGUCGACGCGCCCGACACCUGACAAGAAGAAAUGAGAACGUCUGUUGUGCUGUGCUGGUCUCUCCCUCUCCAGUCACUUCUGUCUGACCUGCUGCAGUGCAUGAAUCUCCAAAUCAGCACCCGUGAAGACAUGACUGGCGGCCAACGUGGCGUAUCCCUCCUCGCUGAAGCUGCCACGAUACGUCAUGCGCCUCGGCAGCUCCUCACGCGACAGCCACUGACAGCCGCUGCGAAGGUCGCCAGCCGGACCACCCUUCCCGAACCCCAACCACAGCCGAGCACCGAUGGCCACCUUGCAGCACAAGGGCCCCAAAAUUUCCGUCACCGCCCCCCCAAUGCCGGCGACCUUCACGCGCUGGUAGUGGUGGGGCACGGUGAUCUUGGUGAUGCCCUGCUGCUCAAAUGCGCCACUGAUGGAGUAGAAGGUAACGGGGCAGGGUGUCGUCUCGACUGCCGUGGGGUCGUCUGGCGGCUUGAGCUGCCCCUUGAUGUGGCUGGCGAAAGUGUGGGCGCCGGUGUCCUUGAAGACCAGCAGCAGAUCGACCGCACCGCCCACCUUGGCGAAGAGGGCCUCAUAGGUCCAGCCGUCACGCUCACCCCUGGCACACACAGAGGCAGGAGAGCGGGAGUGCGCUUGAACAUCAGCCAUGGCCCCUCCUUAGGCACUUCACUCACUUGUAGAGGAGCUGUGAAGUCAUCGGUGUGUCGGUCGCCAUGUCGAUGAGGGCCUGGAGGUCGUCAGCAGAGAGGAUGGGGUCAGCCGGACGAGUGCUCCACACCUGACCCACAUCACAUCAGCAACACAAUGGAGAGUCAUGAGGUCCGCAUGGAUUCGACGCUUCAUGGCCAUGUGUGGCUGACCUGGUACACUUCCAGUCGCGUGGCGGUGAAGGCCUGGCUGCUGGCUAGUGUGGCCCGUCCCGCCUCGUCGUAGCUGCCCAUGUACGUCUCGCCGCCGUCGGGCAGAUCAUCCCUUCGCAGCCACUGGUGGCAGUGCCGAAGGUCGCUAGUCGGCCGCCCGUCUUUUUGACCCAGCCACAGGCGGCCGCCACCGAUGGCCGCCUUGCCACACGGGAUGCUGCCGGUCUUCACCGCCCCCUCGGUGCCGGAGACCCUCACACACUGCCAAUCGUGGGGUAUGUUGAUCUUGGUGAUGCCCUCCAAGAAUGCGCCACUGAUCGAGUAGAAGGUAACGGGGCAGCCGGUGCGCAGCUCAGAUGUGGGGUCAGCUGGGGGCUUGAAGGGCCCGUCGAUGUGGCACGCGAGCGUGUGGUGGUGCUCAUCCUCGAUGACGAACAGCAGGCCGUACACACCCGCCACCGCCACUCGUGCAAUCAGAGCCCCAUACUGCCAGCCGUCACGUGAACUCCUAAGCACGACAGAAGAGGGCCAUUCAAAAGAAGGCCAUCAUUCUUCCCGCCCUCUCUGCUGUGCGUGGUCCGCUCACUUACUUGAAGACGCACUUGAUGUGGCUGUGGGAUUUGCCGAUCAUCGAGAGGUACACUUGCUCCAUAAGGCCAUACAUUUCACACACAUACAGCAGAUCGCCAGGCGAACCACACGUCGGCAGCGGCGUGACGGCAUCGGGGGCCAGCCGAAUGCGACGCACGUAGUCCACUAUCCUGCCAACACAGUACAACACAACACAACACGUACAGAGUACGUACAGACGGUGUUUUCCACCUCGCUGGUGUCAUAUUACUCACUUGUGCAAGAGGGUCAUGGACACAUCGACCACCGGCCCAGUAUACCUGCACACACAAAGAGAAGGGGGCAUCGCCAGCCCUCUGUGUGGAUCACUGACUACUGACUUGGUGAAUCGGUCGUAGAGUGUUUGGAAGUCAGCCAGUGUGGCGUCGGUGGUGGCGACCGCUUCGCCGUCCACACACACACUGAGCACCUCAGUGCCGCCCGUCCCACCAAAUGACGAGCUGAUGAAGGGCCCCAUGAUGGCCAUGAAGUCACGGAAGGCGCCACUCUCACUGUCGCCGGGCUGCGCAUCGAUGGUGAGGGCCGUCUUGGACAGUAGGAAGCGGUCGUGGUAGAAUGCGGAGGCCCGGCGUCCGCCGUCACAGAUAGCUCUCGAGCCGAGAAGUAGCUUCAUAUCAAGCCUGCAUUGCAUCACCACACACGCAUACACAAGCAGUGAGCACUGCUGCAUCAUGCCAGCACGCAUGCCUCUCACCAGUUGAAGUACUUGGGAUCUGCGUCGAUGAAGUGAAUGCCGUUAGUGUCUGUGACCAUCCAUUCCUCAAAGCGGUGCAGCAGCACAGCCAAGCAGGUGUCCCUCAGACCUCGACGGAGCAGCUGACCACGGGGGAAGGCCAUCACCGUCCCACCCACGUUCAGCAGCAUCACUCUCGCCCUGCUCUUGUCUGCUGGCUUGCUGCUGGCGCUGUCUGCUGUGCCUUUGCUGGUCGACGACGGGCCCUUCAUAGUUGGCUGCCGCUGGUGGUUCAAGUAGUCGAUCUCGAUGAAGCCGCAAUCUUAGGCUCGCGACCCACCCUUCCUCUCCCUUCCUCUCCCUCCUGACUCAUUCAGCGUGUCUUCCUGGUGCCGCUGAUCGCGUCCAGUCAGCUCUCUCCAUUUG